AUGUCAAACGUACCCUUACUUACAUUGUCGACUAAUAAUGCUUCAAUUCCUCAAAUUGCAUUCGGUACUGGCACUGCUUGGUAUCGUGGUAAUAAUGAGUCGGAUAUCAAUCAAACUCUUGUUGAUUCCAUAAAAGCUGCUUUACAAAUGGGUUAUCGUCAUUUGGAUGCAGCAGAAGUGUAUGGAACAGAAAAGGAUGUGGGAGAAGCAAUUAAACAAUAUCUCACUGAAUCGAAGGAACAACGAUCAUCUCUUUUUGUCACGACCAAAGUUUUUGUGGGUCUCGGAAAUGUACAAAAAGCCGCAGAUGAUUCACUCAAACGUUUACAGUUAGACUAUGUGGAUUUAUAUCUUGUACAUGCCCCAUUUUCUCUAAAAGAAAAAUUUGGAGUGACUCUCAAAGAAGUAUGGCAACACAUGGAACAAUUACUUCAGUCUGGUAAAGUGAAAAACAUUGGUGUUUCCAAUUUUCGUCUUCAGGAUGUAGAAGAAUUGUUAUCGUUUGCCAAAGUAAAACCGUGUGUUAAUCAAAUUGAAUUUCAUCCGUAUGUAAACGCACAAAGCAAAGAAUUGUUAGAAUAUUGCAAAAAAAACAAAAUAUUAAUUGCAAGUUAUGCACCAUUGGCAUCAAUUAUUUAUCAUAAGGACGGACCUGUUGAUCCUAUUAUUGAAGAAUUAGCUAAAAAAUACGGGAAGUCACAUGUUCAUAUAUUAUUAAAAUGGAAUAUGUCAAAAGGUAAUGUUGUUAUUACAACGUCAAGUAAGCCAGAUCGUCUCAAAUCCUAUUUGACAGUCGGCGAUGAAGAUUUUAAAUUAACGGAUGAUGACAUACGUAAAAUUGAUGAAGCUGGCGCCAAAUUAUAUUUUAGAAAAUAUUGGACAGAAGAAAUGGGUGGUAAGACUAGUCAUUGA